CAUCAAGCCCGCCCACUGAAGUCAUGUGGUUGUGUGUUUCUGUUCAGGCCUGUCCUGCUGUUUAGACUUGUGAUUUUGACACUUGACAGCGCUUAUGUUGGACUACAGUCACACUCCUAGUCAAAAGUGAACGCGACGAGCUCAUUUUAAGCCACCAACUGACUGUAAGUGGCCGGUGACUUGUGCAUACUGGAAGGAGACUUUGGGGGGGGAAGCUGAUACCGUAUUCAGUUUCCCCCCUGCACCGAGGAAAUGGAGAUUACUUCGGAGGAAAAAGCCGAGGAACGCAGGAGGGAACACUGGAAGCUGCUGUCUAGUCUAAAGACCACGGUGGAGGGCCUGGUGUCCAGCAGCAACCCCAACGUGUGGUCUCGCUACGGGGGUCUGCAGCGGCUGCACAAGGACAUGAACCACAUCCUCAGCCACGGCCUCAAGCACGAGCAGGUGUACUACAAGCAGAAAGACUACUGGCCCUUUGUGUGGCGUGUCCGCUCCGUCAGCCCUCACCUGGCCUCUCAUGUAGAACAGUUUAGUAAGCUGGAGCCUGUGCUGAGCAGUGGGCUGAAGAGUGUUGGGGAGGGUUACAAGGCCGAGCGCUGGCUGCUGCACAGCCUACAGGUCCACCUGCUGUCAGCCCAGCUCCGACCCCUGCUCAAACACCAGGGACACACGAGCAAGUACUACAAUGUGGAGGCCUUUCUGCUGAGUGAGCCCCAUGUGGCGGCCAUGUUCCAGUGUCUGGAGGCCGUGGAGCAAAACAACCCCCGUCUUCUGGCCCUUGUCAACACAGUUAAGCUGUCCACUCUAAUGUGCUCUCCGUACAUGGAGGGCCUGUUGAAGAGUCAGACUCUGGGUGUUCUGCCGGGGGGCGGCUGGAGGUCCGGGGAAUGUCAGGGUCCCCCCAGAGGGGAGCUCAACCACAGGCUCACCACCUCCCAGUGCUCCCUCCCCCACCGAGACGGAGGACUCACGCCCAACAGUAAUAACACAGGGGCCAUCUCAGAGAGCAACUCAGACUCCACUCCAGCCGCUAGGGCCUCGGGAGCCCCCUGGGGGUGUGUGGGGGGGUCUGAGGGAGAUGGCGAAAGGGGCAUGAGCCCCCCUCCCGGUCCCUCAGUGGUGGUCCCCUCCAUCGCCUUGACAGAGCCCGCCUCCCCAUGCCCUGCCCACUCCGACGCCCUAGACUCUGGCGAGGGCGACUACGACGACGGCCCCGAGUAUCUGGCUAUCGGUAACCUGGGGCAUCGUAGUAAUCGCCGCGACUCUCAAAGCUCCACCCCCGGUGGCGAUCCUUGCGGCGGCGAAUCGGAUGGUGAGAUUCAGGUCCAGUCCCCUGGAAGGAGCUCCUUGGCUUCGGUCCCACCUCCCACACCUCGAAGGUCAUCCUUUUCAGAGGGUCAGAGAGAGCCGGGUCGGGGGGGCAGCAGAGGGCACGUCCGCUCAAUGUCCGACACAGGGAUCAACAGCAAACAUAGACAUGGAGGGGGCCACAGGGAAAUCAGCGUUAUAAUAGAGGAUCCUGUAGCAGAAUCAUUGGUUGCGGAGGACUGUCGUUUGGAGGACUACAGCCCUUUUUCCCUUGGCAGCAGUGAUGGCAGUACACCCAGUUCCCUCUAUAUGGAGUCUAACGGCUCCCAGUACAGCAGUGUUCCAGACUGCAUGUUCCGGAAGCCGUUGGAGGGACAGAGCCUCAUCAGCUACCUGUCAGAGCAGGACUUCGGCAGCUGUGCUGACCUGGAGAAGGAGAACGCCCACUUCAGCAUCUCGGAAUCUCUGAUCGCCGCCAUCGAGCUGAUGAAGUGCAACCUGCGGCGGCUGGUGGAGGAUGAGGAGGAGGGUGACGACAGUGACUCAGAGAUCCGGCAGCUCAAACAGAAGAUCCGACUGCGUAGACGCCAGAUCCAGCGGACCCGCCUGCCUCCCUCACAGCGCUUGUUCCAUUCAACAGACAGUGGAUGCUCCCGCAGGAGCUCCCAGGAUUCCUUUCACCUGUCCAACUCUGGCUCGGCCGAGGAGGUGGAGGAGUGCGAGCUGAAAGAUGCAGACAUAAAGCGCGGUGUGACAUCCAGUGGCCGCUCUUUCCUCAGAUCAGAGUCUAUUUCUCCGUCGUUCCUCCAGUCUAACUCUGCUGAGUCGGUGGCCAUGGGCCUGCUCAGGCAGUUUGAGGGCAUGCAGCUCCCUGCAGCCUCAGAGCUCGACUGGCUGGUCCCAGAACAAGACGCACCACAAAAGCUCCUGCCCAUCCCUGACUCCCUGCCCAUCUCUCCUGAUGACGGGGAGCAUGCUGAUAUCUACAAGCUGAGGAUCCGAGUGAGAGGGAACCUGGAGUGGGCCCCGCCGCGACCCCAGAUAAUCUUCAACAUUCACCCCGCGCCCAAGAGGAAGAUCGUUGUGGCCAAGCAGAACUACCGGUGUGCAGGAUGCGGGACUCGCAUAGACCCAGACUACAUCAAGCGAAUGCGCUAUUGUGAGUACCUGGGCCGCUACUUCUGCCAGUGUUGCCAUGAGAACGCCCAGGUGGUGGUGCCGGGCCGUGUGCUGAGGAAGUGGGACUUCAGCAAGUACUAUGUCAGCAACUUUGCCCGGGACCUGCUGGGCAAGAUAUCAGGAGACCCCCUGUUCAACCCCAACGACAUCAACAGUGGCCUCUACAAGAAAACCAAAGCCCUGGAGACUGUCCGGGUUUUGAGGGUCCAGCUAUUCCACAUGAAAAACCUCUUCAAGACCUGCCGCCUAGCUAGAGACGUGCUGGACCAGUUCGACAGCCUCCCUGGUCACCUGACUGAGGACCUGCACCUGUUCUCACUCAGCGACCUCAACGCUGUGCGCAACGGAGAGCUGGCCCCCCGGCUACGAGAGCUUCUGAAAUUGGGUUCCGCGCACGUGGCUGGCUGUGUGCUGUGUCAGGCCAAGGGCUUUGUGUGUGAGUUCUGCGGCAACGACAAAGACAUAAUCUUCCCCUUCCAGUUGAACAAGUGCACGUGCUGCGAAGAGUGCAAGGCGUGUUUCCACAGCAAAUGUUUUCAGGCAGGCAAGGAGUGUCCGCGGUGCCAGCGCUUGGCAGAGCGGCGGGAGAGGAUGGCACGCAAGAACAUGGAGGAGCAGGAGGAUGAGGAGGAGGACGAAGGAGGCGGGAGCUAGGAAGACUAACUGAGGAAACGGGUGGCGGGGAGCUAUGACGACGAACUGAGGAAACGAACGAGGGUGGCGGGGAGCUAGGACAACGAACUGAGGAAACGAACGAGGGUGGCGGGGAGCUAGGACAACGAACUGAGGGAAACGAACGAGGGUGGCGGGGAGCUAGGACAACGAAACUGAGGAAACGAGGGAGCUGGAAAAGAAAGAUGGAAAAACCAAGAGCACAACAUGACAAUGAUUGUAGGGACCUUAUUCCUUCAACUCCUCCCUCCAUUCAUCCCUCUUUCCCCUGAAAGUCCAGCUUCUGGAUAGUGGAUGAACUCUGAUGGUUUGGAAUCAUGCUUUUUGUUUUUUGAAUGUCUUGCCAAUAUACUAAAUAACAUAUUAUAUUAACAUAUUGGCUGCUUUUAUGGUUUUCUGGUCUGAUUGCAGAUAUCCAACGUAUGAUGUAGUCCUGCCAUUUAUAUAAACAAGUUGAUCAAUUUAAAUAGAACAAGGAAGGUAGAAAUACUGAAAUCAACCACAGUAAAUAAAAAGAGAAUCCCUUUAA